AUGGUCCAGACGUCGCACGGACACAUCUGCAUCAAUAAUGUGGAACUGUGUUGUGAUAAUCCGAGUCACGUGACGGCGCUCAACCUUGACACACCCCCACGCCACCCCACGCUACCACCCCACCUACCCCCACGCUACCCCACCCCCCCACGCUACCCCCACCCCUACCCACACCCACGCUACCCCCACGCUACCCCCGCACGCCAUACCCCCCACGUACCAUGUCCCCCCACCCCCACGCCCACCACCCCCACGCCCCCCAGCCCCCCACGCUACCCCCACGCUACCCCCACGCUACCCCCACGCCACCCCCCCACGCUACCCCCACGCUACCCCCACGCCACGCUACCCCCCCCCCCACGCUACCCCCACGCUACCCCCCACGCUACCCCCACGCUACCCCCCUACCCCCCCCACGCUACCCCCCGCUACCCCCACGCUACCCCCACCCCAACGCUACCCCCACGCCCCCAACCAUGCACCCCCCCACGCCCCCCCACGCUACCCCACGCUACCCCCCCCACGCUACCCCCACGCUACCCCCCACGCUACCCCCACCUACCCCCACGCUACCCCCACGCUACCCCCGACCCCACGCCACCCCCACGCUACCCCCACCUACCCCCACGCUACCCCCACGCUACCCCCACGCUACCCCCACGCUACCCCGCACCCCUGCACCCCACGCUACCCCCACGCUACCCCCACGCUACCCCCAUGCCACCCCCACGCUACCCCCACGCUACCCCCACGCUACCCCCACGCUACCCCCACGCCACCCCCACGCUACCCCCACGCUACCCCCCCGCUACCCCCACGCUACCCCCACGCCACCCCCACGCUACCCCCACGCUACCCCACGCUACCCCCACGCUACCCCCCACGCUACCCCCACCCCAGCUACCCCCACGCUACCCCCACGCUACCCCCACGCCACCCCCACGCUACCCCCAUGCUACCCCCACGCUACCCCCACGCUACCCCCACGCUACCCCCACGCUACCCCCACGCUACCCCACCCCCCCCACGCUACCCCCAUGCCACCCCCACGCUACCCCCAUGCUACCCCCACGCUACCCCCACGCUACCCCCACGCUACCCCCACGCUACCCCCACGCCACCCCCACGCUACCCCCAUGCUACCCCCACGCUACCCCCACGCUACCCCCACGCUACCCCCACGCUACCCCCACGCUACCCCCACGCCACCCCCACGCUACCCCCAUGCCACCCCCACGCUACCCCACGCUACCCCCACGCUACCCCCACGCUACCCCACGCUACCCCCAUGCCACCCCCACGCUACCCCCACGCUACCCCCACGCCACCCCCACGCUACCCCUUGCUACCCCCACGCUACCCCCACGCUACCCCCACGCCACCCCCACGCUACCCCCAUGCCACCCCCACGCCACCCCCCACGCUACCCCCACGCUACCCCCACGCUACCCCCACGCUACCCCCACGCUACCCCCACGCUACCCCCACGCCACCCCCACGCUACCCCCAUGCCACCCCCACGCUACCCCCAUGCUACCCCCACGCUACCCCCACGCCACCCCCCACGCUACCCCCACGCCACCCCCACGCUACCCCCACGCUACCCCCACGCUACCCCCACGCCACCCCCACGCUACCCCCACGCUACCCCCAUGCCACCCCCGCGCUACCCCCACGCCACCCCCACGCUACCCCCACGCUACCCCACGCUACCCCCACGCUACCCCCAUGCCACCCCCCACGCCACCCCCCGCGCUACCCCCAUGCCACCCCCAUGCCACCCCCACGCUACCCCCACGCCACCCCCGCGCUACCCCCACGCUACCCCCACGCCACCCCCGCGCUACCCCCACGCUACCCCCACGCUACCCCCACGCCACCCCCACGCUACCCCCCACGCUACUAUAUUUUUCAUGUUCACGGCCGAUCGUGGAGAUCCGGGUUUGA